AUAACAACCGUUUAGUAACAGCGGCUAUUGGUGAUGUGGUUAAAAGAAGAAUUAUUGCAUUAUUAGAAAUAAAAACAGUUUUUUUAAUAAUUUUAUCAGCUAAAAACACAUUUAGCCUUUAAAAAGCUAAAAACAAGAAACUCAAAAUGUAUAAUAAUCCAAAUUCAGGCAUAAGGAAUCGUAAGUGGGAAAAUUCUUCCGGUCCUGGUCGUAAAGUUCAACGUGUUAGUGAUGUUAAUGUUAUGGGUCCGGCUGCUCCCAUGCCAAAUGCUUCACCCUAUAUGCAGCCCGCAACUGGUCCCACUGUUUUGGAUCCUAUGAUGCAGUCUGGUGGUAAUAUGGGUGCUGGCUCUUAUGGUGCCCCCCUACAGCCAAUGCAACAACCACAGGGGAAUGCUUACAAUAAUGGUGGCAUGCCUAUGCCAAAUCAAAACUAUGGUUACGCCUCACCCUCUCCCCAACCCCAACAACCUCCACAAUAUAGUUCUGUACCUGGAGGAGCUCCAUUCGGUUCUCAACCACAACAGCCGGGAGUUGCUGGUCAAUUUCCACAAUUUGCCAUGUUCCAACAACCGAUUGUCCAGGAUAUGGCUAUGGAGUAUGGUCAACGUCUGGCCGAUCAAGGUAAACAAUUGGUAGAGAAUCAAUUUACAAAAUGGGUUCCGGUGGCCAAAUUGAAGUACUAUUUUGCUGUCGAUAAUAAUUAUGUGAUUAAUAAAUUACGUUUGCUGUUCUUCCCAUUUACACACAAGGACUGGUCCCUAAAAUACGAUCAAGAACAGCCCGUCCAGCCACGUUACGAUAUUAAUGCACCCGAUUUAUAUAUACCCACGAUGGCUUUUAUCACUUAUGUUGUUGUGGCUGGACUUAUGUUGGGUCUACAGAAUCGUUUCACACCCGAAAAACUAAGCAUUGAGGCAUCGAGUGCAUUGGCUUCAAGUAUUUUUGAAUUGGUUGUUUACUCGAUUACUUUGUAUGUGGUGAAUAUUAAAACGAAUCUAAAAACUUUGGAUCUAUUGGCAUUUUCGGGUUAUAAAUUUGUUACAAUUGUGGCAUGUUUGCUGGUGAGCACACUGUUUCAUGGUUUUGGCUACUACAUGGCACUGUUAUAUUGCAGUUUAUCCUUGGGCUUCUUUUUGCUACGUACUUUAAAAACAAAAGUUUUACACGAAUCUUCACCAACAAAUCCCAGCGGUGCCAUUAAUUAUGAUCCCUAUGGCAAUCCCCAACAAUUGGAUUAUACUGGCGGACGCAAAAGAAAACUAUAUUUUCUUUUCUUGGUCGUGGGCGGUCAAGCAUUUUUGUCCUUUCUAUUAUCGAAACAUUUAUAUUUUCCCGAUGCCGCCACCUUAGAAGCUAGAAACUUACAAUUCUAAUUUUUUACUCAACUCAUAUUUUUUGAAACAUGUGUUUUUAGUUUAAAUAUUUCUUUUUUUGUUUUUUUGCAAUUCCUUACAUUUUUAUAGUUUAUAUUUUUCUAUAUAAUUCCUUUAAGAAAUCAUAGUAAUUCUUAAAAAGAAUACUUACUUAAUAAACGAGACAAAGGGAAUUAAAUAUCUUCCCUUUUGUGGUUUACGUGUGAGAAGAGAGCUGAGAAGAACAUUUUAUUAAGGAA